ACAAUUUAUAAUGUUUAUACAAAUUAGGUGAAAUAUUUUAAUAAAUACCGACAAGCAUAUCACAAUUUAGUCCAUUUCUAAAAGUGUUUAUCAAGUAUAAACUUGUAAUACUUUUAAUUAAAAUAACUACAACUAAAUUCUACAUUUUUAAAUAAAAUUAUUACAAUAAGUAAAUUAGCCAACUAUCAUUGAGAACCAUGAAGGUCAUACUAUUGGCAAUUAUAAUACUGUUUAAUACGGCGCCCAACAAAUGUCAGAUCCCUAAUAAUGCUUCGGUCACACCUGUAACAACUCAACCACCAUUACUCCUAACCGGCACACCAGUAAUACCAUCGGGAUCACCAACACCACCAGGAUCACCACCAGUACCAGGAAUUUCACCAGGAUCGCAACCAGCACCAGGAUCACCACCAGUACCACCACCAGUACCAGGAGUUCCACCAGGGUCGCAACCAGCACCCGGAUCAUCACCUGUUAUCGUACCACCCGGUGUAGGCCAACCUGUCCUACCACCGCCAUCAUUCCCAGUCCUACCCACACUACCAGCCCUACCCACACUGCCGGGCAUACCAACGGCCAACGGCACUGUCCCGACACCCACCAUACGACCGCCGAUUCCCGAUAUAUUCGCCAUAAUUCAAACAUUUGGCGAACUAUUCAUGCGGUUUGGCUUCGAGUUCGUCCGGUUUGUCGACUGUAUGGGCUUUAAGUGGGCGGUCGACUGCCGGAGCGAAUUGUUACAGUGCGUCAAAAGUAAGAAAAUAGGCAACUGUUUAGCCGCACUCACCUGCAAGGGCUUGACUGGUAAGGUAUGCACCCAUCAUCUGGCUAAUGUUACUUAUGGUGGGGCUACUGUGGCUGGUCAAGCACCCUGGCGACUUCCUGGCUGGAUAUGCCAUCCAAUAUAUACUAAUCGUGAAAUAUGCGAGAAUAUCAACCGAGUGCGCGUAAAUGGCAGCGUUACAGUAGAUACUGUCUGUGUGGACAUGGAUUACGUGGAUGUGAUAGACGUACACAAACAU